AUGACGAAGGGGCCACUGGAGAAGAAGCUCAAAUUCGAGAAGAACGAGAAUCUGAAAAGGCUCCCCAAUUAUGCCAAAAUUGAGAAGCGCCCCAUACCCCAUGCGCCAGUUGCUUCCCCAUAUGUUGGUGCCUCGGUGCCCAAGGUUGUCUACGUCUCGAGGACCACCCCGUUCAUGAGUGCCGUCAAGCGCACCCAGAAACUCCUCCUGCAAGCCGAGAAGCGCGCUACUGCAAACAUUAACCUGGAGGACACGCGCAAGACCGACAAACAAAUACUCGAUGAGCUGUCUAAGGUGUCAGAGAAGCGAGAGGAAGUGUUCGUGAAGGCGACAGGACGGGCAAUCGAGAAGGCGCUGAACGUAGCCAAAUGGUUCGAGGAAAGGCCGACUGAAUAUGCAGUCCGCGUGAAUACCGGAAGUGUCGUUGUCGUGGAUGACAUCGUUCAGGACGAGGAAACGAAAGAAAAGGAGGAACGAAAGCGACAACAGCAGGAAGAGCAACACCCUACCAGCCAAGAAGAUGCGGCUUCCAAGCCAGAAUCGAAGUCAGCUACAAAGAAGAGGAAAGAUCGCGCCACUGCAGAGGAUGAUGAUGGGGAACUCCCCGAAAGCCGGACAAGGUGGAUCAGAAUGGUUGAGAUCGCUGUCAGCCUAAAGUGA